GUCCAAAAUAAGCAUCCCACCAAUGGAUAUAAAAACAAAACAAAGGCAAAUAAAGUAAGCAAAUUGCUCCUUGUCUUUCCAAAUAUUUUAUUCAAAAAAUCAAAUAUAAAUCAUAAACUCUGUUUCUUCUUCUUUCCAUCCUCCAAAUCAACUUUUCUUCACCCCUCCUCUGUCCGGCAAAGAUUCCUUCCGCGCAUCCAGAGAUUCUCUCCUCUCCUGCUGUUCCAGAACCCCCGUGCUACAUAGAGAAAAGUGUGGUAAAAGGGAGAGAUGGUGGAGUUUUCUAAACAGAGGUCCAAGAUGAAACCGUUCUCCGAGUGAUCUCUCCCGCCAAAUCUCUCGUUUCCCGCGUAAUGGAAGCAGUCGAUUAUAGUGGAAGACGACGACCACGGCUUCAUGAUUCCACCGGUGACCGAGUAGAAGGCGAGGCGAGGAAGCUCCGGCGCCACAGGCUCCCCUUCUGGUUCUGCCCCCCGAGCCGCCCCCCGGGCUCCUGAGUUCCUUGCGUUUGUUCCUUGUCCAUCUUCUUCUAUCUCUUGAGCUGGUUAAUUUUCUUGUCGUUUGCGAUCCGUUUGGAGGGGAUAAAUGGGUUCGAUUCCGCUGGGGGAUUACGGAGUUCUGAGAGGGUUUCGUGAGGCUCCUGGGUUCGCUGCGGGGACGUCAGCGACGCUGGUGUUGGAUGGGGAGAGAGGGGAGCUGGUGAGGACGCCCGCCCGGGUGGGGAAGAAGGGGAAAGGUGGCGUCUUGGACGCGAGAGUGGCGAUGGCUUUGAAGAGCCACAGCGAGGCCGAGAGGAGGCGGAGGCAGAGGAUUAAUGGACACCUCACCACGCUCCGGAGCAUGAUUCCGUGUACCGACAAGUUGGAUAAAGCUGCACUGCUUGCAGAAGUGAUCAAUCACGUAAAGAGACUGAAGAGCAAUGCAGUGGAGAUUAGCAAGGGUUGCACCCUUCCAUCGGAUGUUGAUGAAGUGAGAGUUGAAGUUGAAGGAGAUGAAAUGAAUGGCGGGAGCUUUAUAAUAAAGGCAUCACUUUGCUGCGAGGACCGGCCGGAUCUCCUCGCCGAUAUAAGACAAACACUCCAAACUCUGCAGCUGAAAACUAUCAGGGCAGAAAUUUCAACACUUGGUGGCAGAGUCAAGAAUGCUGUUGUCGUGAUGUGUGAAGGAAAUGCCAGUGAUAUUGAAAAGAAUCUUUACGCCUCGUCCGUUCACCAGGCCCUGAAGUCCAUUCUUGACAGGGUCAAUUCAUCAGCUGACCUUCUGCCAAGGACUGCAUUCUCUAACAAAAGACUAAGGAUCUCACCAUACGCAUCCUCAAGCUCCUCCUCGUGAAACUUUUGCAUGCUAAGGAAUGAUACAGCUGCUGCUCAACGGCACACACAUUUAUGGUGCUGCUGUAGUUUGUUAGUUUAUGUUCAUAUUGUGGUGGAAGAUUUCCUAUGGAUAUAUAGGUGCUUGUGCUCGAUAUAUAACUAUUAGCCACGAAUAUUUGGGGAAAGGCCUGGUUUGAGCUAUAUUAAGAAUCACCAUGACCGCCAGCAGAUUUUUGUUAAAAUGCUGUGUAGCUUCUUGACCUUUCCUCGAAAAGCACAUUGUUGCUUAUUUACUGAUGUGAGUGCAUGUAUAUCACUUUAAUUUUAGAAAGCAGGUCCUGGACUACGUGGGUCUUUUAUAAUUGAAAUAAAGCAAUAUAUGCAAACUUUUCUUUUGUUGCA